AAUCUGCCUUAAAAAGAAAACCCAAUCUUUCAUUCACUUUCGCUUACUCCUCCCCCACAAAUCUGUCACCACAUACAUCACACCCCUUCUCAAAUCCACCCACCCCCGGGUUGCCAAAAACCGCACUUAGACAGACAAGUGGGCGGAGCCUGGAGGCCAACCCUUGGGAUGUCAAAGCGACCGGACUGCGAGACCUGUGGCUACCGUCGCACUUAAUCCUCGACU